AUGACGAGAGUGACCUCAGAUGUGAGUGACGAAGGUGUUUCCAACUAUAAAAUCUUGAUCGCCUUGGUGGUCUCUGCGACAAACUGCACCAUUGGCACCGCUGGCAAUGGCUUUAUCACGGUCAUCUACGGGACUGAGUGGGUCAGGAACAAAAGACUCCCCACCAGUGAGCUCCUUAUGUUGAUGCUGAGUUUUUCCAGGCUCUUGCUACAGAUAUGGAUAAUGGCAGAGACUAUUUAUAGUCUACUCUUUAGAGUCAUUUAUAGCCAAAGUAUAGUCUAUACAUCCUUCAAAGCCGUUACUGUGUUUCUGAGCUACUGUAACCUCUGGUUUGCUGCCUGGCUCAAUGUCUUCUACUGUCUUAAAAUUGCAAAUUUCACUCACCCUUUGUUCCUUAUGAUGAAGAGGAAAAUCACAGUGCUGAUGCCUCAGCUCUUGAGUCUGUCCGUGUUGGUUUCCCUCAGCUUGAGUUCAUUAUUCUCCAAAGACUUCUUCAAUAUGCAUGUGAACAGUUCCAUUCCCAUCCCUUUCUCCAACUCCACGGAGAGGAAAUACGUCUCUGAGACCAACAUGUUCAACAUGGCUUUCUUAUUCCACAUGGGGAUCCUUGUUCCUCUGGUCAUGUUUGUCAUGGCAGCCACUCUGCUGAUCGCCUCACUCAAAAGGCACACCCUGCACAUGGAAAGCAGUUCCUCAGGCUUCAGAGACCCCAGCAUGGAGGCUCACCUGGGUGCCAUCCAGUCAACCAGCUACACUCUGGUUCUCUACAUUAUCAAUGCAUUGGCUCUAUUUAUUUCCAUGACAGGUGUCUUCGAUGCCUACAGUUUCUGGGAUGCUUUGUGCAACUUCAUCAUGACAGCCUACCCCGCUGGCCAAUCAGUACAUCUGAUUUUUAGAAACCCAGGUCUGAGAAGAGCCUGGAGACGGAUUCAGCACCAAAUUCAUCUUUACUUUAAAAGGUAG